UGGGGACAAUGCUGAAAGGAAUGACAAGGCUUAUCUCCAGGGUCCAUAAGUUGGACCAUGGAUGUUUUUUGCACACGGGGAUCCAGGCACCUCAAAGCAUAGCUACUCAUCUGGAUAACCAGGCUCCAGUUGAGAGUCCCAGAGCUAUUUCUCGCACCAAUGAGAGUGACCCGGCCAAGCAUGGAGAGCAACAUGAGGGUCAACACUAUAACGUACCCCUCCAGGAUGUGAAGAAUGUAUUUCCCCAUGGCUUGCCUCCUCGCUUUGUAAUGCAGGUGAAGACAUUCAAUGAAGCUUGCCUGAUGAUAAGGAAACCAGCCCUAGAGCUUCUGCAUUACCUGAAAAACACCAACUUUGCACAUCCAGCUGUACGAUAUAUUCUCUAUGGGGAGAAGGGAACAGGAAAAACCCUCAGUCUUUGUCAUGUUACUCAUUUCUGUGCAAAACAGGACUGGCUGAUACUGCAUAUCCCAGAUGCUCAUCGUUGGGUGAAAAAUUGUCGGAAUCUUAUGCAGUCUACCUACAACAAACAGCGCUUGGACCAACCCUUAGAGGCUUCAACCUGGCUAAAGAAUUUCAAAACUUCAAAUGAGCGCUUCCUGAGCCAGAUAAAAGUUCAAGAGAAGUAUAUCUGGAACAAGCGAGAAAGCACUGAGAAAGGCAGCCCUCUGGGAGAAGUGGUUGAACAGGGCAUAAUGCGGGUGAGGAAUGCCACAGAUGCAGUUGGGAUUGUGCUGAAAGAGUUAAGGAGGCAGAGUUCAUCAGGUAUAUUUCACCUCCUGGUGGCAGUGGAUGGAGUCAAUGCUCUCUGGGGGAGGACCACACUGAACAGAGAAGAUAAAAGCCCGAUUGCUCCAGAAGAACUAGCGCUUAUUUACAAUCUGAGAAAAAUGGUGAAAAAUGAUUGGCAUGGAGGUGCCAUUGUGUUGACCUUGAGCCAGACUGGUUCACUGUUUAAGCCCAGGGCAGCUUACCUACCCCAUGAGUUGCUGGGAAAGGAAGGAUUUGAUGCCCUGGACCCCUUUAUUCCCAUCCUGGUUUCCAACUACAACCCAAAAGAAUUUGAAAGUUGUAUUCAGUAUUAUUUGGAGAACAACUGGCUUCAGCAUGAGAAAGCUCAUACAGAUGAAGGGAAAAAGGAGCUGCUAUUUCUAAGCAACGCAAAUCCUGGGCAGCUGGAGCGUCUCUGUGCCUACCUCUAGACCAUGGUCACAUCAU